AACAAAAUACAUAACACUUAUCCAAUUAAAAUUUUAAUGAUUUUUUAAAAUGAUUACUCCAAGAUUCACAUUACAUCAAGACGAUACCUUCCUGAAAAUAGAAAUUCGAGCGCCCUAUUGCAAUUUGGGCGAGUUGGAGGUGGACUGCGAUGAAAACAAAUUUUAUUUCUAUUGCAAACCAUACUAUUUGCGUCUGGACCUUCCAGGUGAAAUCGUUAAUGAUGAUAGAAUGAAGGUAGUCUUUGAUACGGAUACUGGAAAAUUUACUUGCACUUUUGCCAAACUGAAUAAAUGUGAACAUUUUGAUGAUCUUGAUCUUAUUACAAAAUUUUUGGCUUUAGGUCUAGAAACUGGCGAUAAGGGUCAUGGUACCAUGCCUGUUGAACCUCUUUCUAAUGGAAAACAAGAAGAUAUCGCAGAUGAUGCUGUAAUCAUGGGCAAGUCGCAGUAUGGAUUUGGGUUUGCUUUAAGAGCAGAUAGGGACUUUAUGAGAAUAAGUUCGGAGUUUAAUAAUAUUUUUGAAAUUGACCCAUGCAAAACAUCUCUGCCAGAAAGACGUAAACUAAGAUUACAAUAUGAGCAAGGUAAAUUCAAUGUUGAUCAUUACUUAGCUGAUUACUGCGACAAUAGUGAUAUAUUGGAACUUAUUUCUUUGAAAUGUCCUUAUAAAGAUACACAAAAUAACACAUUUUUAAAUUUUUCUGAUGAGGAUUAUGACUUUUUAAAAAAUCUAUCAAAUGUUGAAUACAAUUUAUCAAAAUAUCAAAUAAAAAUCUGCCACAAUGGUCUUUUGGACAUUUUAUUUGCUUUUUGCUAUGGCGAACGUGCAACUGCUUUUGAAGGAAAUGUUGAAUUUGAGUGGACAAUAACUAAAUUGGCUGCUACUUUAGGAUGGCUAGACGCAUUUGAAGACACAAAAGAUGUAUUUAUUUCUGCAUUUAGAAGAGGUUUGAUUUACCCCUUGUAUAGGCAUUUUGAUUUGCUUCAAGUAGUAUUUGAUGACCUAAAAGCAUUAAUUAGUUUAGACGAAAACUGUCUAGUAAAAAUUUUAAUAAAGAUAUAUAAUAUUUUUCUCAAUGGAGGCAAUGGUGGUUAUGUCUUGAACAACUUGUUUAUCAAAGAUUAUAUUGUUUACAUCAUGAAAUGGGAUAAAGAAAUGUGGAGAACAACAGUAUCAGAUGUUAAAAGUAUGAAUAUCAAGAAAGAAGAGUUAGGUUUAAAUUUGGAAGAAAUCGAGGAGGAUCAUGCUUAUUUUCAAAAAUUAGACCUGAGAGCAGACACUUCAACAGAUAGUGAUGAAGACACAUCGUCUGAUGAAAGUACUGAUUCAUCAAGCUCUGAGUAUUCAAGUGAUUCUGAAACUACUACUGAUGAAGGGGAAAUGCCUAAGGAAAUAUCUAAAUUUAUAGUUAUUCAGAAAUAAUAGGUAGGUUUUACUCGAGGUUUUACUUUUUACAUAAAAAUAUUUUAGUGUAAGGAUAAUCUUCUUUGUGUAAAUUAGAAUGACCAAAGUUAUUUCAGAAAAAUAAUUUGGUGCUUAUAGGAAAUGUCCAAUACUAGAUUGGAUUUUAAGGUAGGAUCUAAAUUAUUUCAAUUUUCAAUUUAUUGUUGACAAUUAUUGAUAUGUCUGUUGUCAUAAUUUGCAUAAGUUUAAAUGGUAGUGUCAAUUAUUAAAUUGUUAGAUUAGAGAUUUAUGGUAAGGUGUUAGAAAAAAAUUGUGUAUUUCUAUACAAUAUUCUUAAAUUUUUGAUUUUGAUAAUUUUACAGGUUUUUUCCUAAGUACAUUUUCAUGAGGGUACCUAUACAACCUUAAUUGAAUUGCUUUUUAGAUCUUGGAAUUUUUGCUAAGUUUUACCUUUUUAUAGAUGUAGGACUUUUUACAUAAAAUGUGUUCAGGAAACCUUACAUUUAAGAGAAAACCAUCUUCAAUAAAUUAUUGUUUACCAUUUUUUACAGUGCAAGCCAAUGCAAAAUAUGUCUUUAUUAUAUAAGUACCGUACCUACAUGUUAAUUGCUACAUUCCAAAUCAAAUCACUGUAUCCAACUUUUUACUAAAUGUUUUUCGGUAUUGUUAUGGGUUUUUCUACAAUGGCUAUGGAAAAUGACAAAAAUUACAUGUCAAACCUGAAUUGAAAACAGGUUUUUGCACACACUAUGUGCAUAAGUUUUAGAGUUAGCUGUGUGCGAAACUUAUUGCACUUUUUUUAUUUUUGUGAAAACGACUUUCCAUAGUUCUUGAAACCAUAUUUGUUUUCAAGUGCCUAGCAACAGGUUGUCUCAGGAUAAUACUUUCUUAAUAAUUGUUAAUAUUUGAAUGAAAAGGAUGCAAUUCAUUUUCUUUUCCUUGUUUUUCCAUGCAAUUGUAGAAAACGUAUAGUGAGCCAACUACAUGUUAGAAAAUACCUUUUUAGAACCUAUUAUACAAUAUGGUAUUUUUAAUUAUUCCCAGAUACUUAUAGAUAUUAUAAAACCUUAUGAUUUUACAUGUUCGACUGUUUAUUUCAAGUUUUUUUUUGGCAUGUAUUAGUAUGUACAUUAAAUAACCACCUAUAGUGACAGAGUAUACAGUUGGUGGGCAAUUGGCAUAAGUACAUAAAUAAAAUUCUCUGCAUAUUGCAAAUCUGAUCUA